AUGGCCCUCUGGACACGUCUACUGCCGCUGCUCGCCCUGCUGGCCAUCUGGGCACCGUCCCCUGCCCGGGCCUUUGUUAACCAGCACCUGUGUGGGUCCCACCUGGUGGAGGCACUGUACCUGGUGUGCGGGGAACGCGGCUUCUUCUACACCCCCAAGACCCGCCGGGACGUGGAAGACCCACCAGCGGGGCAGGUGGAGCUGGGCGCAGGCCUGCAGCCCUUCCCGGGGGCAGGAUCCCGGCAGGAACGCGGCAUCGUGGAGCAAUGCUGCACCAGCGUCUGCACCUUGUACCAGCUGGAGAACUACUGCAACUAG